UCAGGCAACGCUGUUUCUUCUCUGCCGACAUAAAUUUUUUUCACGAUUCGCAGGUUAUCCCGAAGACUUUUUCGACCCAUUAAGAGAGUUGAAAAUAGUAUCCGGGUUUUUGCUGUGUGCUUCGUUGUAUAAAUAACAAAGAACAAACCUCGAAAAUGUUUUCGGUUACACUGAGGUGUCUUGGAAGACAGGUGCACCAGCAAAACGUAUCUCUUGCACCGCUCUUCACCUACUCCAAGAAUGGGCUGAACACUGAGGCAACUUUUGACACCAAGCCCUUCAAACUGCACAAGUUAGAAGAAGGACCAGCCACAACCGUGACACUUUCUAGACAAGAUGCCCUAAAGUACUACAAAGAUAUGCAAAUGAUCCGAAGGAUGGAAACAGCGGCCGGUAAUUUAUACAAGGAGAAAAUUAUUCGAGGAUUUUGUCACCUUUAUUCUGGACAAGAAGCUUGCUGUGUCGGUAUGAGAGCCUCAAUGAGGUCCUAUGAUGCAGUGAUUACAGCUUACCGAGCUCACGGAUGGACCUACAUAAUGGGCGUUGACGCAGUCGGAGUUCUUGCCGAGCUAACUGGACGCAGUACCGGCUGUGCACGAGGCAAAGGUGGCUCAAUGCACAUGUACGUCAAGAACUUUUACGGUGGCAAUGGAAUCGUUGGGGCCCAACAACCCUUGGGUGCCGGUAUCGCAUUAGCUCUCAAAUAUCAAGGAACCGAUGGAGUUUGUUUGACCCUGUACGGUGAUGGCGCAGCCAAUCAAGGCCAGCUCUACGAGGCCAUGAACAUGGCGCAAUUGUGGAAAUUACCCGUUAUCUUUAUCUGCGAGAACAACGGCUACGGCAUGGGUACGUCGGUGGACCGUGCUUCUGCCAGCACAGCUUACUACACCCGCGGAGACUACGUCCCAGGAAUUUGGGUGGACGGAAUGGACGUUUUGGCUGUGCGCGAAGCAACUCGUUUUGCCAUUGAUCAUUGUGCAACUGGUAAAGGACCUAUGGUUAUGGAAGUCGUUACUUAUCGCUAUUCCGGUCACUCCAUGUCCGAUCCGGGAACGUCAUACCGUUCUCGUGAUGAAAUUCAAGAAGUCCGACAGACUCGCGACCCCAUUACGGGAUUCCGCGAGCGUAUGCUGUCCACCGACUUGGCCACUGCCGAUGAGCUCAAGGAUAUCGACCAAAACGUUCGUCAAGUCAUUGACGACGCUGUCAAGCGAGCCAAAUCCGACAAGGAAAUUGGCUUAGAUGAAUUAACGGCAGACAUUAUGAGCAAUCCUAUCGACACACGAGUCCGUGGUGUCACGGCUUUCGAUACGCUAACGCACAAGCGUAUUGGCCCUGCUGUCAACAGCUAAAUUUCUGAAUUUGCCGAUUCCUAUACCUUCCAAGUUAGUAGGACUUGGUCAGUUGGGAAAACAGAAGACCAGCAGCUAAGUAUGGGUGGAGUUGUUGAGUGUACGACGCGAGGCCAUAGUUGUUAGUAAAUCGAAUGUUAAUAUCUUGUAAAUCUCUGUCACAGCUUUGAUUGUUAACAUUUCACACAAGACAAAACUGAAUAACCAAUAAAGAUCUGUACCAAGAUCAAUACAUUAGUGAAAUAAAACUA